CAUGUGCUGCACUUAAGCCUGAUCGCUGAUUUGAUUGGCUGAGCAGCAGCCAGUAGAGAUAAGAGUUCAUUAUAUGAAGAGAGGAGAGAGUUUGAUACUCACCAAUUCUUUUCAAAGAGCAACAGAGAACAAAGACCAACAUGGCUCAGGAGGCUAAGGAUGAUCUUCCGUACAUUAACAAUUACAAAAACAAAAUUAUCAGGGCUUCUAACAAACUUGGAGUGAAGCCUUCCAUCGUGGCUGGUAUCAUCUCCAGAGAGACCCGAGGAGGCAGAGGGGCAGGUCUCACUUCUGAUGGCUGGGGAGACAACAGAAACGCCUUUGGACUGAUGCAGGUUGACAAGCGCUGGCACACCCCAAGGGGUGAGUGGGACAGCCAGGAACAUAUUGAGCAAGGAAUUGGGAUUCUAAAGGACUGCUACAAUGAAGUCGCAAGAACAUUUCCCAAUAUGCCCGACAAGAUGAGAGGAGCACUGGCUGCCUACAACAUGGGCGCACAAAAUAUGAACCCCAACAACGUGGACGCUCACACUACUCAUGGCAACUAUUCCAGUGAUGUCUAUGCCAGGGCCCAGGUUUAUGCGAGGAAUGGGUAUUAACUCGGAGAACUCAACCAUUUCUGACUUUCUGAUUGAUUGAUAUCUGUGUCCCUAUCUAUGCAGUUAAUUUGGGUUGAGGAUCUGUCUUGACUGUCUUUUGACUUUUUUAUUGGCUUGCACAGGCUAACCAGGUGCUUCAAUUCAAUGUGCCGUUUUCAGGUUUGCUGCUAAUGUGACUGAAGUGUGGGCAAAGUUUGCACAGAAAUGUACGUUUUUUCCCAUCCUCACCGACCUUGUCAUAAAACUUGUUUAAAUGAU